CGGAAUCAACUCUUAUCUGGCUGGUCGAGGAUUUACGGAGACAGCCAGGUGUCUGGUUCUAGCUAUAAUCAAUAUGGCCACUCCGAAGUGGCUAGACACAGGUACAAAAGAUGACGAAAUGAUUGGUGAUGAAGUCUCAACGCGACAAGCAUCUCAAGCUUUCAUGUCUAAUGAUGAAAAAUUAAAAGAUGAUUCCGUUGAAAUUGAUGGAUUGAUUGGUGAUGAAGUCUCAACGCGACAAGCAUCUCAAGCUUUCAUAUCCAAUGAUGAAAAAUUUAAGGAUAAUAUCUUUGAAAUUGUUGGAAUGAUUGGUGAUGAAGUCUCAAUGCGACAAGCAUCUCAAGCUUUCGUAUCUAAUGAUGAAGAAUUAAAGGAUAAUUCAUUUGAAAAUGACGAAAUGAUUGGUGAUGAAGUCUCAACGCGACAAGCAUCUCAAGCUUUCAUGUCUAAUGAUGAAAAAUUAAAAGAUGAUUCCGUUGAAAUUGAUGGAUUGAUUGGUGAUGAAGUCUCAACGCGACAAGCAUCUCAAGCUUUCAUAUCCAAUGAUGAAAAAUUUAAGGAUAAUUUCUUUGAAAUAUGUAGAGAACCUGGUUAUGAUUGCUUUACGUUAGACGCAUCUCGAUUAUUAUUAGAAAUUCCUCCAUUGAAAUAUCAAGAUGUUCCAUUAAGAAGUUCUACUUCUGAAUGUACAUUUGAUGUUUCGAUGGUUGGUAGCAAAAAUAACUUGGAGCGGGAGGAAAACGGUAUAGAAAUAUUUGCACAUGCCAACAAAUAUAGAAAUAGAAGAAACAGGGACAAUAAACGGAAUUCUUUUUCCCAUUCAGAAUAUUAUAAGAAGAAUGUUGAAGUAGAUGGAAAUUUUCGAAGUCCAUGCGAAACUCUAAAAAGAAAACCAAGAAACCAGGAAUUGGUGAAGGUCAGUCGAUUUUUAGGGCCUAAUUACCUUUUAAUGGGAGUUAUGCUUGGAUUAAAUGUCAACAAAGUCGAACAAAUAGUCAUGAGCUACAAAGAUCACGUACGGACACAAAUAUUUAUGAUUCUUAUCGCUUGGAGGAGAAUGAAGGAAAGGAAAGCAACUGUAAAAAAGCUUCUUGAUGUCAUCGAAGAAUUUAAAGAAGAUGUCGAUGUAGUUGCUAUCAGAGCAAUUUUUAAGCUGUGACUUACAUGAUACAGCAG